AUGUCUUCAACCCCAUAUUCCACACUACAGUCGGCCACUGCUUCAUUCAAGGGCAUACCGCAAGAACAUGAUCAAAGAUGCAAGACAAAAAAAGACAUACAUCGAAUUCCGCGCGCAUGUACAACACAAUACAUCUCAUACCUGGAUACGUGUCAGUCUUACAAGCUCAAAUGCACUGGUGAAAAGCCUCAAUGUAAGCGCUGCCUGACAACGAGUCGCGACUGCGUAUAUGUGCUGCCUCGCAAGGACCGGUUAAAAGUCGUCACCGAACGAUGCCAGCGGAUGGAUGCACUCUUGAGAAGACUUCGGUCUCGUGUACAUGAGUCAGACCAAGCCUCGAUCGCAGACAUGCUGGUAGAUGCUGAGGAGGAGCUGAUAGAGCCUUCUCCGGAAACUCCGCCAGCUACUUCUCAAAUCGAUCCCAGAGAGAAUGAAGAUGGUUCACAACCUGAUAAGCUGGGCGAACAAAACAACUUCAGCAUGCAUUUGCUGGGUGUUUUCGAUGGGAAUUUGCUCGGCGACGGCCAAAGCGGAGCAAAUACCUUCAUCGGACAGAGCUCAGAGCUUCAAUGGCUGAAAGCGGCAACGAUGGCCUAUCCCGACAUGAUUAAAGAAAGUAGCGCAACUCAAAAGCGGAAGGAUCCAGCAAAUCCUUCUGACAACGAGUACAAAGGCUCAUACAACUUCUGGGACGACGGGGAAAGUACCGAACUCAACCCUUGUAAAGAUCCAUACGCAGCACCACACGUAGGGACAGCUAAAAAGCUGUUAUCCUGUUAUAUGAUGUAUCUUGUGUCUCUACAAAAGGGACAUGUGCUAAGAACGAAUCCAAAGUGGCAGGCGAUUCUGAACCUUGUGUUUGCAAUCAGUGCGAGCUAUCUAAACAUAGUGGAGGGCCACUGUUCUACUGAUGGAAGUAUCUGUGCGAUGUAUCAUGCCAGAGCAAUGGCGUUGAUCUCUGACAAGGCUACAUUGGCGAUUCACCCAGACGUGCCACAGAUCCAGGCCUUUGGUCUGCUCUCACUCUACUGGAUGUCCCUUGGCCAAUUAAACCGCGCUUCUACAACAGUGAGCCUGGCUAUCAGUUUCGCAUACACCCUAGGCCUUCACAUUCGUAACGAGGAUCCAUCAGCGUCUGCAUCAAAACGAGAGUUAUUGUGCCGCAUAUGGUGGAGUCUCUACUCACUGGAGUGUUCUAUUAGCGUCGCCACCGGCCGGCCCAGUAUAAUUGCAGACUCGUGUUGCUCAGUACCACUGCCCCUUUCCAGGGCGGAAGAUCAAAGCUUGUACGAAACAAACGACAACCGCCAGACAAACUGGGGCAACACCAAUUUGUGCUCAAUCAACCAGGUCUCGUAUGUUGGAAUUAGACUCUCUCAACAGAUUCCCAAAUUGGCUACAGGGCCCGGCACUGUAGAGAUUGGUUCCGGGGUGUAUUUCAAAGCCACAUUCGAACUCUCCACCAUCACCAAGAACAUAAUCGUAGCGCUUUACUCUGCUACAACGGCAAUGAAAUCAUCGAUAGAGAUUAGUCGAGACAUCACUCGACUGAACCAGCGUCUUGACCAAUGGAUCGUGUCGCUUCCUGUGGACUUCAACCUUCGGUCCCCUAUUUAUACUGCAAACGAAGAAUUCGCGCGUAAAGUUACAGUCCUCAAAUUCAAGCUAUACAGUGCGAGAAUGUUACUUGGACGCCCGUUUCUCAGCGCACAAAGAGAUCAAUGGAAGGAUAACGCAGAAGCGGAUUUCGCUGCGCAAUUGGGCAAUCGUUGCAUCGAAUCUGCAAGAUUGGUCAUUGAUCUCUUACCGGAUAAUUGCAGCGCUCGUCCUAUCUACGGGCAGACUCCAUGGUGGUGUAUCGUCCACCACGUAGUGCAAGCGGCCGCUGUCCUGCUUCUCGGUUUGUCGUACCCUCUAUCUCAUUCUGUGGACAAGAUGACAAUGAUUCGUUAUGUUAAAAACGCGCUUCGGUCUCUGCAGGAAAUGCAAACCCCUGUGGCUGAGCGCGCGCGGAGCGUAGUCGAAAAGUCAUUUGGGAUUAUCAUGGGAAGUCAUCACGUCGCCGAUCUCGUUCAUAUCUGA